AACACCAACUAACCCUAACCAACAGACAAAAAUCAAUAUCAUUUAGGGGCCAUCAAUACACAGAGUAUACAUGUGAUAAGUCCAUUUUACCGUACGAUUGUUGGCUGAUGCCCGACGAAGAAACUGAGAAUUCCCGAAGAACUCAUUCACAACAAGAAAAAAUUCCCGGAGAGCUCCAGAUAACUAAGAGUGGUAGCAUCGUCAAUCACAGCAUGCCUAUACCUUUGCCCCUAAACCUUUCCCUUAUUCAGUCGGAAAAUUGAUUGGAAUCCUCGAAGUUUAUGUAUUUCAGGUGUACAGGAUUGCAGUUGGUAAUAAGUGGGUUCCAUUACAGAAUUUAUUAUUCUUAUACCUUACCUAUCUCUAGUUUUUUUAGAGUUAUCUGGCUCAGUAAGUGCAACUUAUGGAUAAUCCAGAACACCAGCCACUUCCUCCUGGAAUUCAGCCUUUGCCUCCAUUAGAUAAGCCAAAAUCUCCUGCCUGCAUACCUAGGCAAGUAGAUAAACAUCCUCGACAAGAAAGUUUUAGGAAAUCUGUUAAUCAUUUUCAAGUACUUAGUGCUCCACAAGAUGACUCAUCAAGUUUAAUCCAGAGUAGUGCUGGCCUGGUUGAGCAGCAAUUACAAAUUCAAAAUACAACAAGUGAAGAACCGCCCCAGAAGGAUUGUGCUCGAGAAACAAACCAUGUUUAUGGAAUAGAACAGAAAAAUAUCAAUUUCAUUUCUUCAUCAAUUUUGUCUGAAUCUGAUAUUAACGCUCAAAAUAUGGAGCACAACAGUGCACUUGAUGCUCCUUAUUCAUCUACCUGCUACUCGAAAGUACAUAUGGAGAAGGAUGGUGACAUUGAAAAUGCUGCGCAAGAUGCAGUCUUACGUGAACAAGAAAUUGCUACCCAAUCCAUCAUACGUAGCCAAAGAGGGGCAAGAGGUCUUGGUGGAUCUCCUCAGGAUAAUUCAGACAUAUUCUCUGAGCGUCAUGACCCCAAUGCUCUAAAGGAGCAUCUGUUGAAGUUGACCACUGAACAUCGAGCUGAAAUGGCCUUAAAACGUGGAAAGUUUACCCUUCCUGAAGAAGGUAAAGUAGAAAUUGGUAAUGGAUAUGGUCUACCAGGUGGAGGAGUUUAUGGUGAUGCUUCAAAUCCUAAAAUUGCCAAAUCUAGAAAUUUGGUAGCUGGAAGUAAUGAAACAGAUGAGAAGAAUCCUACAGCUGAUAGAGAAUCAGAACACAAACCCACAACUAAAGAAUUGCCUGAGUAUCUUAAACAGAAGUUGAGAGCAAGGGGCAUUCUUAAAGAUGAGUCAGGGAAAAUUGAUCCUAAGUUGGAGACCUGUUCAUCUCAACUCAUGGAAAAUGGGAAGUUGCCUCCUGGAUGGGUGGAAGCAAAAGACUGCGCAAGUGGUGCUUCAUAUUAUUACAAUGAAAGCAGUGGGAAAAGUCAAUGGCAAAGGCCUGCUGAUACAUCUUUUAUUACAAAACCUUCAACACAUUUACCUCUUCCAGAAGACUGGAUGGAGGCAUUAGACGAAACGACAGGUCAUAAAUAUUAUUACAAUACUAAGACACAUGUAUCAAAAUGGGAGUGCCCCCAGUCAUCUCAGCAAAUUGCAUAUCAGCAUGUCAAAAGCAUGAUUUUUGAAAACGUGGAUAAUGUGAGCUGGGGUAUUCAAUCUUCUGAAAUGCUAGAACAAGUAGAUCAAUCAUCUGAAUUAGUGAGAUGCAUGGGAUGUGGUGGGUGGGGAGUAGGCCUUAUCCAGGAGUGGGGCUACUGCAAUCAUUGCACACGAGCUCACAAUCUUCAACAAAGCAAUUUUUUGCAAACCAGUUCGAAUUAUUACAGUCAGACAACUCAGAUCAGCAACCCUGCAGAUAACAAAAGAGAUUCUGAUAAAGAUGCCUCCAGGCAGAGGUCCAACUGGAAACCUCCAAUGGGAAAGGGAAGUAGAAGAGACAGCAGGAAGCGUGCAUACUCUGAGGAUGAUGAAUUGGAUCCGAUGGAUCCAAGCUCUUAUUCAGACGCCCCUCGAGGUGGCUGGGUUGUAGGCCUGAAAGGGGUGCAGCCUCGAGCAGCUGAUACCACUGCCACGGGUCCCCUCUUCCAACAGCGCCCUUACCCGUCACCAGGUGCUGUUCUGAGAAAGAAUGCGGAAAUCGCUUCACAAACAAAGAGAUCGAACCCACAUUUUACUCCUAUAUCUAAAAGAGGGGAUGGCAGUGAUGGGCUCGGUGACGCUGACUGAUUGUUGUAAUGCCUUUUUAGUAGUUCUACCGCAUUUUAAAGGAAACGAGAGGUGGAACGUGUAUGUAAUUACUAAUUAGUGUUGUUUGUUUGUAGUUCAGUAAUGUAUACAAUGCAUCAACCCGCUGAGAUGCUAGGAGCUCGGUUGGAUUGUCUACAAGUUGGCAUAAUUACCGCUUGGACACGAAAUUCAAAUUUUAGAAGUAUUUUCUUUCUUUCCAAAUAGAUAAUGAACAACAAUAUAUGUGUGACUUUAUAUU